GGGGCGCUCGCACAAGAUGGCGGUGGGGCGGCGGGAGAGCGCGCUCCCCUCGUAGAUGCGGCCGCGGCGGCCCCUGCUCCCGGCGCCCGGCGGGGCUUACAUGGCGCUGGAGGACCUGCUGCUUUGUCUCUGCUUCUCCGCCCUCGCCGUCCUGGCCGUGCAAGGGAGCCUGUUGGAAGGGGAUUCUCUGGAGCUGAGCUGUAGUGCUGGUCCUGCAAAGGUGAUACUGGAGCCAAACCAGGCAGUGGUUUUGGACUGUAACCUGACCCCUGCUGAGCAAGUGAUCAACAUCACAUGGAAGAAGAAUGGGUUUCCAUUAGUGGAGCAGGAACAUCUCCACGUGCUCCCGAAUGGAUCGCUCUUCAUCUCAUCCCAGGCUGUGGCAAAGGACAGUAAAAGUCCUGGUGCUGAGGGCAAUUACUCCUGCGUGUCUCACAGCUCCCUGGGGACUGUCACCAGUCAGACAGCUACAGUCAGGUUUUCAACACUGUCACGCUUCUUCCAGCAGCCGGAGUCGCAGACGGUGGAAGAAAAUGGCAUGGCCCGGUUCGAGUGUGGCAUCGAAGGGCUGCCCUCCCCUGUCAUCACGUGGGAGAAGGACCACGAAGCUGUUCCUGCAGAACCCAGGUUUAUAACUCUUCCCAACGGUGUCCUCCAGAUCGUGGAUGUGCAGGAGAGCGAUGCCGGGGUUUAUCACUGCGUGGCCACCAACGCCGCCCGAAAGCGCUACAGCAACGAGGCCACCCUGAGCGUGGUGAAAGGUUCCCAGCCAGCGGGAGGAGACGUCACCAUCGUGGCCGCUCCGGAGAACACCACGGUGGUGGCCGGGGAGAGCGUGGUGAUGGAGUGCAUGGCGGCUGCUGAUCCCACCCCUUUUGUCUCCUGGAUACGACAGGAUGGAAAGCCCAUUUCCACGGAUGUGAUUGUGCUGGGCAGGACCAAUCUCCUCAUUCCCUCCAGCCAGCCCCAUCACUCUGGGGUGUACGUCUGCCGGGCCAACAAACCCCAAACCAGGCAGUUCGUUACCGCCGCCGCCGAGCUCCGGGUCCUGGCUACUCCCAGCAUCUCCCAGGCUCCCGAAACCAUCUCCCGCACCCGAGCCAGCACGGCCAGGUUCGUGUGCAAGGCGGAGGGGGAGCCAGCCCCCACCAUCCACUGGCUGAAGAACGGGGAGCCCAUCCUGUCCAACGGGCGCGUGAAGGUGCAGAGCAGCGGCAGCCUCGUCAUCAACCAGAUCGGCCUGGAGGACGCCGGCUACUACCAGUGCGUGGCUGAGAACAGCCUGGGCACGGCCUGCGCCACGGCCAAGCUCUCGGUGAUCGUGAGGGAGGGUUUGCCCAGCGCUCCCAAGAAGGUGUCGGCCGUGUCCCUCUCCAGCACCACGGUCCUCGUGUCCUGGGAGCGCCCGGAGCACAACAGCGAGCAGAUCAUCGGCUUCUCCCUGCACUACCAGCGGGCCGUGGGAACAGAUAACGUGGAAUACCAGUUUGCUGUCAAUAAUGACACCACUGAGCUGCAAGUCAAGGACCUGGAACCCAAUACCAACUAUGUGUUCUACGUGGUGGCGUAUUCCCAGCUCGGAGCCAGCCGGACAUCCUCUUCCAUCAUUGUCCAGACCCUGGAGGACGUUCCCAGUGCUGCCCCUCAGCUGUCCCUGUCCAGCAUGACCCCUGGUGACAUCCGUGUGACGUGGCUGCCCCUUCCUCCAGAGCUGAGCAACGGCAAGAUAACCAAGUACAAGAUCGACUACUGCACCCUCAAGGAAGAUCAGGUCACCUCCAUCGAAGUGGGCGGAAACGAGACCCAGAUCACGCUCUACUCGCUCCAUCCCAACAAAGUGUACAAAGUGCGGAUCGCAGCCAGCACCGGUGUGGGGUACGGGGCUCCCUCCGAGUGGACCCAGCACCGGACUCCUGACAGGGACAACCAGACACACGUUCCAUUUGCCCCAACGGAAUUAAAAGUCCGAGCGAAGAUGGAGUCUCUCCUGAUAACGUGGCAGCCCCCAGCCAACCAUGCCCAGAUAUCUGGCUACAAGCUCUACUACCGAGAGGUGGGCCCGGAGGAGUCCAGCAAUGAGAGCCCCUUGGAUGGUGCUGAAGAUGAGAGCUGGGACGUGGGACCCAUAAAACUCAAGAAGAAAGUGAAGCAGUACGAGCUGACCCGACUGGCUCCUGGGAAACUCUACGAGGUGAAGCUGGUGGCAUUCAACAAGCACGAGGAUGGUUAUGCAGCUGUUUGGAAGGGCAAAACAGAGAAGGCACCAGCGACAGCAGUAGAUCCCCCUGUGCAGAAGGGUCCUCCUCUGCCUCCAGUCCAAGUGUAUGCAGAGUCCAACAGCUCAACUUCCAUAUGGCUCAGGUGGAAGAAGCCUGACUUCACAACAGUCAAAAUUGUCAACUACACCGUGCGCUUCAGCCCCUGGGGCCUGAAAAAUGCCUCCCUCGUGACAUACUACACCAGCUCUGAUGAAGACAUUCUCAUCAGUGGGCUGAAGCCCUACACCAGGUACGAGUUUGCCGUGCAGUCCAACGGUGUGGGCAUCGACGGCCCCUUCGGCAGCGUGGUGGAGCGCUUCACCCUGCCCGACCGCCCCUCCACUCCUCCGUCUGACCUGCGGCUGCACCCGCUCAACCCCUACGCUGUGCAGGUGCACUGGUGCCCGCCUGCAGAGCCCAACGGCAUCAUCGUGGAGUAUCUCAUCCUCUACAACGCCAACAACACCCAGCCUGAUGACAUGUGGACCUUGCUGACGCGGGAAGGAAAUAUCUUCAGCACUGAAGUGCAUGGCCUGGAGAGUGAUACAAGGUACUUCUUCAAGAUGGGAGCAAAGACAGUCGUGGGAUCCGGUCCCUAUUCCAACGUUAAGGACGUGCACACCCUCCGGGAGAAGCUGUCUGAUGUCCUGGAUAUCCACUCUGUCACGGGGAUCAUCGUGGGGGUCUGCCUGGGGCUGCUCUGCAUCCUCUUCUGCAUGUGUGCCAGCUUCCGAAACAGCAAGCACAGGGAGGCCCUGCCAGGCCUGGAUUCCCAGGCUGCUGGCAACCACACGUACUACCACCGGAGCAGGCAGGGGAUGGCUGCUCCCAGUGCCACCCUGGACUCACAUGAGCUCGAGUCCCUCAUGUCCCCACUCCCAGAGGAUGCCCCCGUGCCCCUGGGGGACAUCACAGAGCUGACAGAGGUGCACAGCCUCAUCCACACGAGCCUGCCCGAGGACAUCCUCCACGGGAAGAGGAAGGCAAGCAAGGGUCAACUGGGAAGCAGCUGCAGCAGCCACGUGGAGAGCAGCGUUGUCACCAAUGCCGGGCAGGGAGGGCGAGCCUCGUGGAAUAAAUCGGCCGCCCAGCCCUGGACGAACAGCAUUGCCAGAUACGGGGACACCAUCACCAAGGAGCCCCUCUCUGCUGUCAACGGGUCACUCAAGCUCCCCUCCAGCGCAGGGCAGAAGCUCCUGUUACAAGCUUUGGUUUAUGAUGCUGUGAUGAAUGAAACAAAGAAAAGCCACCCACCAGCCAACCUCCACCAAGUGGAAGCAGAGGUCAUUGUCCAUUCUGAUUUUUCAGCCUCUGACAGAGACUACGACUCCCAGCUGCACACCCUGGAGAGUGAAGAGACAGAAAUCGAGGACCAGGAGCCUGAAGAGCUCCCCUCGGGAGAGCUGGCUCUUCCUGGCUCUCCCAGCUCCCAGCAGGACACAGGCCAAGUGUUGGUGGACUGCACAGGGAAUUUGGAGGCUCAGGCCCAGGCUGACACAAAAACUAACAAACCAGAGGCCGUUUGCAUCCCUGGGCUCACCAACGGCUUCCACAGCCAUGGAGAAAGUCUGGAUUCAGUGGAGAGUGGAGACUCAGACUCCAUCCAGGAGGAUGGGCGGGAUGUGCAGCCAGUCAAGGGCCAGUUGCUUUCCACGGCCCCGGAGGAGGCCCCGCUCUGCAGUAACUCUGCUUUAACCAGUCCAUCCUCAGCAUGUGAGAACAUGGCACAUGUCCACAGCCACAAAGAGUGACCUGAGCUGGUGCUGAUCACGGCAGAGCUGAGAGGUGCUGCCUGCCCUCGGCUCACGGAGCCCAGCAGGAGCUGAGCAGGCACAGCCCCUCCCAGGGUGGGGCUCGGACCCUCAGCUGGGCACACGCCUGCAGGAAGCCAGGAGGUACCUUGGGCAGGGCCAUCUCCUUCCCGCUGGAGCUGGUGAGUAGCUGGGUGUCGGUGGGAGCAGGAUCGAGCGAUCUGCCGAAGCCUGGCGCAGGGAACCACCACGGAAAGGAGCCCUUCUGCGCUAGACUGGGGCUGUCACUUCUCCGGAGUCCUCCAGGCGACUGGCAAGACAUCGUGUGAUGCUGGGAAGUGGCAGAGCACACUGAGUGAUCCUCCUCAACUGCCUCUGCACCGGCAGCGCUUGGCACUGCCGACUGUGCCGGGAUGGAUCCCGUCCCAGGAGUCCCGGGAGGGGGUGGCAGCCGACGGAAACAAACGCAGUGAGCUGCAACCACCAGCCUUUUCUGCCCUCCCGUGGUUAGAAGGAUUCCCAGGCUCUCUGUAACUUCUACUAGCAGGCUGGUGUAGUGGCCUUUUAUUACACACUCUACGAGUGCCUCUAACAACUUGUACUAUAUAGAACCUUCUGCAGCGUCUGGGUCAUUUCACCAGCCUGGACUUUGUUUUAUGUAGGUUCUUGUACCUAAUAUUUUAGGUACACAUCUGUCCUUUUAAUGUACAACAUGUAUUUUUAUUUCCUUGGAACAUCUUUACAUUAUUUAAUUUUAUAAAGUGGAAUAGUGUGUGGUAUAGAGUAGCAUUUUUACUACUUCUCUCUUUCUUUAUUUUUUCCUCCCUAACAACACAACUACCUCAUGUCUGUUGGAGAAAAAAAAAAAAGCAGUAGAUAUCUACUCUUUUGUUAUAGUCCAUUAUAGGUUUUAACUUAUUCUUAUACUGCCUUUUUCUAAAGAAUAUGUUUGCACUGGUUGUUGACUCUUUUUUAACACAUAGUGCUGCGGAUCUGAUGUCUCUCUUGCUUUGUUUCUUUGACACCUUCCCUGCAGCCUGAGAGUUGGGUUGUGUCUCCCUGUAGGACUGUUUUUCAGGAGCUGCCAAAGGGGACUGCUCCAGCUGGUGGGAUGUCGAUCCAUCUCUCCUUAAAAAGCUUAUAAUAAUGAAGAAAAAGAAGAACCAACAACUGCAAAAGUAACUUGCUAUCUUGGGGACAUCUAUUUCUUUUUUUGUGUGUGCCCAAGAGGAGACAUCUCAGAUGGUUUUGAUUUCCAGAAAGCAGCACUCAGCCUUCUGUAAGCAGUGGACUUGCUGAAGGCUUUGGAUGAACAAGUGAAGUUUUCCAGUCACUUCUGAGAGUCCUGGCCAAAGUGCUUGUGGGUGGUUUUUCUUUUUUUUUUUUUUUUUUUUUUUUUAAGAGCAGAGCACCACCAGAGCUUUAAAAUGAAGAUCAAAUCUUUGGUCUCAUAUCAGUCAGUCUGGUUUGAAAAUCACCCGGUGACUCUUCCUGCUGAUGCUGUUUGCUUACUGCUGACACGUCUCGCAGCCUGGCCCUGCUGGGAUUGGACUUUUCUCCACCUUUUCUUUAGCCCUGCACCAGGCCCGCAGAGUUUGACUGCAGAUGAUACUGACUGGACCAGCUCCGCAGGGAUAACAAGCAUUGGUAACUCUCGUCAUGGGUGUUUGGGAAAUGUUUUGCCUUCCUGGAGGAUUCAGAGAUCUGGUAAUUUGUUUGUUUAAAAAGUGAAGGAAAACAUGCCCAUCUCCCUCAUUUCCUUUUGAAAUUCCCCCAAAGCUGCAUAGGGGAGCCAUGUGCUGACCUGAGAUCCUGUAGAAGGCUUCAGAUUUUGGGUUUUGUGGUGAAAUCAGGAUGGAGGUACCACUGCUUGCAACAAGGAAAACUUUACUCUGCCAGCACCCUGUGCCUGCAUCUGUUGUGAGGAGCCGUGUCACAGUGUGCCCUGUGUGUGGAGCUGAGCUGGACCAUCUCA